CCUUUCUCCGAUUCUCCCAACCUUCCCCAAAUUUAUUUCCCCUUUUUUUUUCGUAUAAAAAAUUAACCCACCGCCAAUAAAUGCAUCCCAUUUUCUUCCCCCUUCUCCUCGACCCCAAACCAAGCUCUAACCCUAGCCCUGACCCUAAUUUCGCGGAUCUCUCUUAAAUCGAGAUGCGGCAGCGAACCCCAUUCCUGCCCCUAAUUUGGACGCCCUAGCUGCAGUCGAUAUGGGGGGAGUGACCUCGUCGCUGGCGUCGAAGUUCGCCUUCUUCCCGCCAAAUCCACCGUCGUAUGAGAUCGAGGAGAAGGAUUUGAUCGGGGUGGUGACGGUCACGGGGGUCUCCGUGAAGGAGAACGUCGAUGUGAGGAGAGUUAAGACGAAGAGAGGGACUGAGAUCGUUGUGAUGUACGUGAGGAAUCCGUUGGCGAGGCUCACGGUGCUUUACUCGCAUGGAAACGCUGCUGAUAUUGGUCAGAUGUAUGAGCUCUUCACCGAGCUCAGUCAUCACCUCCGGGUUAACUUAAUGGGGUAUGAUUAUUCAGGAUAUGGACAAUCAUCUGGAAAGCCCAGUGAGCAAAAUACUUACGCUGACGUUGAGGCUGCUUACAAAUGCCUUGAAGAGAAUUAUGGAAUACAUGUAGAAAAUAUCAUCUUAUAUGGUCAGUCAGUUGGUAGUGGCCCCACUUUGCAUUUAGCUUCGCAUGUGUCUCAUUUCAGAGCAGUUGUUCUACAUAGUCCCAUUUUAUCUGGAGUGAGAGUUGUGUAUCCAGUGAAGCACACAUACUGGUUCGACAUAUAUAAGAACAUUGAUAAAAUUCCUCUGGUCACAUGUCCUGUUUUGGUAAUUCAUGGGACAGCCGAUGAAGUUGUAGAUUGCUCCCAUGGGAAGGGUCUCUGGGAGCUCUGCAAAGAGAAGUAUGAGCCACUAUGGAUUAAGGGUGGCCACCACUGUAAUUUGGAGCUAUAUCCUGAGUAUAUAAGGCAUCUCAAAAAGUUCAUAUCAGCAGUAGAAAAAAUACCUGCUCAUAAAGAUGGUUCUUCAAACAAUUCACAUCCUCUUGAUCCUCCCCGGAUACGUUUUGAGGGUCUUGAACCCACGAGGAAUAGCACUGACCAGAAAGAGAAAUCUACAAGAUUAAGCACUGAUCUCAGGGGAAAGCCAAGGAAGAGCAUAGAUGUGUAUGACAAACCAAGGAUCAGUGUGGAUCAGCCUGAUAAGCCAAGAAAUAGUAUUGAUAGACUUGGAGGGAUGGUGAGAUCCGUCGCAUUGUGCAAUAUCGAUUGUUUUAGACACACGGCUUCGGUAGAUUGAGGAAGGCAAGUGGUUGUUCGUGUUAUUGGGUUGUACUUAUUUUCUUUUGUUUUGUUUGUUGAUAAGUUAAUUGGGUGGAUUGUCUUGUACCGGAAGAUGUGUUAUACCUUGGUGAGGGAAGAGCAAUACUGGAAUUAAGUUAACACGGGUUUGAUCAAUUGCUGAAUACGAUGAUUAUUUCUUUAUUUGGAGGACCUCAGAAUUGUGUU